AUGACUCGCUCAUAUGAGGCUGCCAUUACGGCGCUCAAUUCCUUGCAAACAAACUACGCGAUCGUCGAGGAGCUCCGGAGGUCUACCUCUCGGCAGGAGAUGAACGAACGCUCAUUGCCGGAGACGGUUGAAUGGCUUCGUCGCAUUGGGUAUACGCCCUCCGACCUCAAUCAAUUAAAUGCCGUCCACGUCGCAGGAACCAAGGGCAAGGGCUCGACUUCUGCUUUUAUCUCCUCCAUUCUCUCCCAGUACACCGAAAUCUCACCCGGCCUUCACAAAAUCGGACUCUACACUUCCCCGCACCUUCGCUUUGCGCGUGAGCGCAUCCAGAUCAAUAAUGCCCCGCUUUCCGAAGAGCAAUUCGCCCGCUACUUCUUCGAAGUCUGGGACCGCCUGGAGAAUUCCGCUAAGAUCGCAGGCGAGGAUCCUACAUCACCGGGGACAAAGCCCCAAUACUUCCGUUACCUGACGCUGAUGGCGUUCCACACAUACUUGAGUGAGGGUGUAGACGCCUCGGUGAUCGAGUGCGGUAUCGGAGGACAAUACGAUUGCACCAAUGUGAUUGAGAAGCCCAAAGCGACCGCAAUUACCAGUCUCGGAAUUGACCAUACUGCAAUGCUCGGGACCACAAUUGAACAGAUCGCGUGGCAUAAGGGUGGUAUCAUCAAGUCGGGUGUGAGGGGAUUCGCCGCUCCUCAGCCCCCGAGUGCGGAAGAAGUAUUGGCCAAGCGGGCUGAAGAAAAGUCCACAAACCUGGACAUUAUUGCAGAUCAUCCUGAUCUCCGCCCUGGCACUAGCCAAGUCAAGCUCGGAUUGGCAGGUGACUUCCAGUAUACCAAUGCAUCUUUGGCAGUUGCAACAGCGGCAGAGGUCUUGAGAAAGACUGGAGUCGCCGACAUCUCUGAAAAUGUCAUGUCGGAACCCCUGCCAGCCAAGUUUACGACUGGCUUGGAGAAGACACGCCUGGGUGGCCGCUGUGAGACUCGAUUCGAGAAGAAUGUUUCAUGGUAUAUUGACGGUGGACACACGCUGGAAAGUAUUCGACUGGCCGGCCAGUGGUUUGCCUCCCGAAUCCAAGCGGACUCGUCCUCCAACGACAUUGCCACAAAGAAGCCCCGAAUCUUGAUCUUCAAUCAACAAACCCGCGACAGCACUGCUCUAGCACGCGCUCUCCACGAGACUCUGGCCGCAGCACUGGGCGCCGAAGUCCCCUUCACACAUGCUAUUUUCUGUACCAACAUUACCUACAAACAAGCCGGCUACCGACCCGACUUGGUCAGCAUGAACACCAACGCAGAUGACAUCGAACGUCUCAGCGUGCAGAAGUCUCUCGCCGAGGCCUGGAACUCGAUUGACCCCCAUGCGCAAACGCAAGUCUUCGGCACGAUCGAGGAGGCUGUCGACUUUGCGCGAGAGGUGGCUGCAGAGGAACGCAAGGUCCUUCAGAAGGAUGAGGCGCCGGUCAUGACAUUUGUCACUGGUAGCUUGCACCUUGUUGGUGGAUUCCUCGAUGUGGUCGAGACAAAGCCGUUCGUCGAGAAGGCAUGA